AUCCUUCAGGAUAAAUUACAGGAGCUCUGUUUUGUUUCGUUUACCACACACGUCUCCUAUCUCCUGCGUGUGAUUAACCUGCCUUUGGAGAGGGACAGUCUGUGGAUAGCUGCAAGCGAUAGUUAAACACUAUGAGCCAUUUUCAGUUUGUGUUGGGGUUUUUAUUUACUGUUUUCAUAAAUUCACAAAGUAUGCUAUAACUCGCCUUUGAACACGUUUUUUUGGGUCAAGUGACAGUGUAGGAAUAUAACAAUGUCAAAUAAGGAUUCGUAGUCAGGUGUUUCGAGCUUUACUUGAUUGAAAACGGCGCGAUUUCCACAAGUUGUGGCGCAUUGUUUGUCACUAUUUACAUUUUACAACGUUCCGUAUUGCCCUUGUUACAGUUUUAGGCUGCAAUUAGGAACGUUUUCCCCCUCUAGUUGACAUUCUUUGUGUUGGAUAGUGAUUGCAUUAUCAAUUUCCCAGUCACUUGACUUGAGACAUAAUUAUGUCAAAGGGUUUAAGUUGCCAAGAACCCGACUCUCAGUGGUACUCCAAUGAUAAACCAUUGAAAUGUCGUAUUUGUGCGACUUGGUCCAAGGGGAAAAAACGCUACAUUAAAUUGGAUGACCACCUAUUUUCAGUCAAUUGGAUAGAAUGUCCCAAAGGCUCAGCCGUGAAACCAACGCGUCGAAAUCGACCAAAGGGCCAAGUGGAGAAAUGCAUGAACUCCAUGCAGACAGGGACCCAGAUGGUGAAGCUGCGCGGCGGCUCCAGAGGACUGGUGCGUUACUUUUACCUGGACCAACACAAGUCCUGCAUCCGUUGGCGGCCCUCGCGCAAGAACGAGAAGGCCAAGAUCUCCAUCGACUCCAUCCGAGAGGUGUGCGAGGGUAAGCAGUCUGAGAUCUUCCAGCGCUACUCUGAGGGCAGCUUUGAUCCCAACUGCUGUUUCAGCCUGUACUAUGGGGAGCGCUUGGAGUCCCUGGACUUGGUCUCCAGUACGGGCGAGGAAGCACGCACCUGGAUCACCGGCCUCAAGUACCUGGUGGCGGGCAUCAGCGAUGAGGACAGCCUGGCCAAGAGGCAGCGCACCCGUGACCAGUGGCUGAAGCAGACGUUUACCGAGGCAGAUAAGAACGGCGAUGGAAGCCUGAGCAUCAGCGAGGUCUUGCACCUCUUACACAAGCUGAACGUCAACCUGCCCCGCCAGAAAGUCAAGCAAAUGUUUAAGGAGGCAGACACUGAUGACAACCAGGGCACCCUGGGCUUUGAGGAGUUUUGUUCCUUCUACAAGAUGAUGUCGACACGCCGUGACCUCUACCUGCUCAUGCUCACCUACAGCAACCACAUGGACCACCUUGACACCAGCAACCUGGCCCGCUUCCUGGAGUUGGACCAGAAGAUGACGAAGGUGACCAAAGACCAUUGCAUUGAGAUUGUGAACAAAUUUGAGCCAUGCCCCGAGAACCAGAAGCAAGGGGUUCUGGGUAUUGAUGGUUUCACCAGCUACAUGCGCAGCCCGGAGGGGGACAUUUUCAACCCAGAGCACAACGUGGUGACCCAGGACAUGUCUCAGCCACUCUGCAACUACUUCAUCGCCUCGUCCCACAACACCUAUCUGAUGGGGGACCAGCUCAUGUCCCAGUCCCGCCUCGACAUGUACGCCUGGGUGCUACAGGCCGGCUGCCGCUGCGUGGAAGUGGACUGCUGGGACGGGCAGGACGGCGAGCCCAUCGUGCACCACGGCUAUACUCUCACCUCCAAGAUCCUCUUCAAAGACGUCAUCGAGACCAUCAACAAGUACGCCUUUGUGAAGAACGACUACCCAGUGAUCCUGUCCAUUGAGAACCACUGCAGCGUCCCCCAGCAGAAGAAGAUGGCCCAGUACCUGGUGGAGGUGAUGGGAGACAAGCUGGACCUCUCGGCCAUCAAGGCAGAUGAACGGGGCCGCCUGCCAUCACCAGACACCCUCAAAGGGAAGAUACUCAUCAAGGGAAAGAAACUCCCGUCGAACAUUGACGAAGACAACGAAGAGGGUGACGUGACGGAUGAAGACAGCGCUGACGAGAUGGAGGACGACUGCAAACUGAUAAAUGGCGACACGUCCAUGACCAGGAAGCAGGUGGAGAACGUGGCUAAGAAGAAGCUGGACAACCUGAUGAAGGAGUCUAAGAUCCGUGACCAGGAGGACCCCGACAGCUUCACCCUCGCUGCUCAGCCCCCAUCGGGAAAGACCACCGACAAGUCACCCUCCAAGGGUAAAGGUGAUGAUGGUGCAGAAAUAGGGGAUGAAGCCAACCCCAGCACUAACAAGCGUCUGGGUAGGACCUUCAUGGGCAGCUUCUCUAAACGCAAGAAAAAGGCUGUCAAGCUGAAGAAGACCAACAGCCUUGAAGACAUCGACACAGACCAGGAGAGCACCAGCAGCGCCACCCGGGCCCCCCUGCAUCACAGCAGGAAGAAGACCAUGAAGCUGACCAGGGCUCUGUCAGACCUGGUCAAAUACACCAAGUCAGUGGGCGUCUCCGACAUAGAGAAGCAAGCCGCCAGCUCCAGUUGGCAGGUGUCUUCUCUGAGCGAGACCAAGGCCCACCAGAUCAUGCAGCAGAAAGCUGACACCUUCAUCCACUUCAACCAGCGGCAGCUCUCGCGCGUCUACCCCUCCUCCUACCGUGUGGACUCUUCCAACUUCAAUCCCCAGCCCUUCUGGAAUGCUGGAUGCCACCUGGUGGCGUUGAACUACCAGUCAGAAGGGAGAGUUCUCCAGCUGAACAGAGCCAAGUUCAACAGCAACGGCAACUGUGGCUUCAUCCUGAAGCCGGCCUGUAUGUGUGAAGGUGCCUUUAACCCCAUGAUAGAGGAUCCAUUUCCAGGGCAGCUGAAGAAACAACUGGUGCUGAAGAUCAUCAGUGGGCAACAGCUACCGAAGCCCAAAGACUCUAUGCUGGGGGACAGAGGAGAGAUUAUCGACCCCUUUGUGGAGGUGGAGAUCAUUGGUCUACCAGUGGACUGCUGUAAGGAACAGACCAGGGUGGUGGAUGACAAUGGCUUUAACCCCAUGUGGGAGGAGACGCUGGUGUUCACACUGCACAUGCCCGAGCUGGCGCUGGUACGUUUCCUGGUGUGGGACCAUGACCCGAUCGGCCAGGACUUCAUUGGCCAGCGCACCAUUGCCUUCAACAGCAUGAUACCAGGUUAUCGCCACGUGUAUUUGGAAGGUAUGGAGGCGGCCUCCAUCUUUGUUCACGUGUCUGUACAUGACAUCACUGGUAAGGGCAAGGUGUCCAGCGGCAUCAAAGGGCUGUUUCACAGAAACCCAAAGCAGACUUCUCUCGACAGCCAUGCUGCUGCACAGCUUAGCCAUAAGCACACGUUCGGCGCCCACCUGCUGCGCCGCACGGCCAGCGCGCCCACCAAGGUCCUGCCCAAGGUCAAGGAGGGUUUCCCCGAGAUCGCCACCGACACCAAAGACUACCGCUCAGAAGGCACCAGCGAGGACCGGGAGUUAGAGGACAGCCCCCUCAUUGCCUCCUCCCAGCCCCCGCUGCUCCAUCAGGGCACCUGGGACAACACGGCCGCCGUUGCCCCUGCCGCAUCACGCCAAGGCACCAACAGGCACCAUGGCACCAACGAGGCUUUCCACCCCGACGAGGGCAAAGACCCUUCCACAGUGCAGACACCAGCUCCCCCUAUUCGACUGCUCGCACCAAUCGCUGAUGAACUGGAGGACCGCCAUCUCACUCACUCCUCUUCCACUCCAGCAGACCACUCAUCCACACGUCACUCCCCACCUCCACCGCUCCCUAUAUCCACAGCAAUCACCAUCUUCACCUCAUCCCCGGCUUCUAAGAGUGAGGCGGACAGUCCCGUUAACGGUAGGGGGGAGGAGGGUCCCGUUAACGGUAGGGGGGAGGAGGGUCCCAUUAACGGUAGGGGGGAGAAGGGUCCCGUUAACGGUAGGGGGGAGGAGGGUCCCGUUAACGGUAGGGGGGAGGAGGGUCCCGUUAACGGUAGGGGGGAGGAGGGUCCCGUUAACGGUAGGGGGGAGGAGGGUCCCGUUAACGGUAGGGGGGAGGAGGGUCCCGUUAACGGUAGGGGGGAGGAGGGUCCCGUUAACGGUAGGGGGGAGGAGGGUCCCGUUAACGGUAGGGGGGAGGAGGGUCCCGUUAACGGUAGGGGGGACAACAAGAGACCGCCUGCCCUUCACAGGACUACCUCGGCCCCUGUGACACAUGACCCCAAAGACCUGAAACCCUCACAGUACAGCGGAGACCCCCGGGUCGAUGAUGGCACCUCGUCACCAGUGGGGCACUCUCCAUGCCGAGUGGAAGCACCGUAUACUCAGUCAGGCCACACAAAGGACGAUGCUGAACUCAAGACUGAGCUAAGUGCAAAGUCCCCUGUUCCUCUCCCCGACCCCUCUGUAGACGCCAGCCCUCUGAAAGUCCAGGCCCUGAGAGCUCUGUUUGGCAGCAGCCCAUUGAACACGCCUGUCAGAAGGACCAAAAUGGAGGGCCACGUGCAGGCGGUGGCUGGGGGGCAGCAGCAGUCAUCAGCCAUGCCAGAGGUGUGCACCGACGCCACCCUGAAUGACCGGCUGUGGAGCAAGCUGGAGCCCAAGCCAGGCAGCCACAGAGACAGCGUGUCCUCAUCCUCCAGCAUAUCGUCCAACGACACUGUCAUUGACCUGUCCCUGCCCAAUCUGGCCAGGAAGAGCCUCACCUGUCAGAGCAACGGAACCUCCCCGGGCGACAUCUUUCCGGACCCACCCUCCUGGGUCAACCGGCCACACUCUGCCAUAGCCUCCUUCGAGACACUGCAGGUCAGCAAGAGCAAGUCCAACCCCAACCUCCUGCAGGGCCACCUGGGGGAACCAGAAGACGAACUGCAACCCAGGCCCCUUGGCGCCCACAGGGAGCCUCCAGUGGACUCACCCAGCAGAAUAACCCAGAGGAGGCACACCUGGAGCCGCCUCUACAUGGAAGGGCUGAAGCAUUCCUCCCCCCCAGCCAAGAAGCCCUCUGCUGCCGCAACCAGCCCCCAGGAUACCGUGGCCUCUAUGUCUAAGAGCCUGGGGGACUUGACCUCAGAUGACAUUGCCUGCAACUUUGACAGCAAGUACCGCAGCAUCACCCGCAGCUUCAUCAUUAGGCCUUCCCGGAACGACCUGCGGCAGGGUUACCCUAACCAUAAUCCCCAGAGGCCCCGGCUGCCCAGCGACCUAACUGAGCAGCUGAGGAGGCUGACGGAUGUGGAGCCCCUGAAGGCUCGCGACUUUGCCCCCCAGGUGCGCCAGGGGCCCCUGGAGGAGCCUCAGGAGGAGCCCCCACUACGGAGGACGUCGUCCCGGAGCCAGAGCAGGGUGCGCUACAUCGCCAACAGGGCCAAGCAGGCCCAAGAGAGGCAGAGGCUGCAGUGUCUCAACCAGUCCCACCCUGCUACUGGCGCUGCUAACGCUAGCAUUAGCGGUGGCGGUAGCCCCAUGGAGGAGCGGGGGAACCCGGAGGGGGCGUGCUGCGUAGCCCGGAGCCCCUGCGCUAGCCUGGAUCUGCUGAGCCAGCUCAGCACCCCAGGGCCCCCCAACAGACAGUCCCAGACCUCCCUAAACUCUGACAACAACGAGGUCUUUUUCAUGCUCAAGCUCUGAGAAUCAGACUCCUUUUGGAACUGAGCGUGAGAGAGACAUAGAAGCAUAACUCAUUUAAAAUUCCAUCCAGCUUUCCAGGAAGGUAAAUUGUAAUUUUUAAAGGAAUGACAUUCUGUAUAUCUUGACAGGAUGUAUUUUUAAAUGUAUUUAAUCAAGGAGAAUCAUUCUACUUCCAGACAGUCACAAGCAGUUUUUCUCUGAUAAAUGUGUUCAGUAACUCACAUUAACUAUGAACACCUAUACACAGCAAAUGCCUAGCAGGUCACAAAAGAUGGACUAGUCAUUUUUACCACAAUGGUCACAACAAACACCAGAUAAUUGCUCAGAAAUAAUAGAAACAGCAAUGAGUUGUAUAAUGAAAGCAUCCUUUACCAAUACACUCAUUUGUUUGCACCAAAUGAGGAACGGUGGAAUGUGAUUGGAUAAGCAAUGCCUGCCUGACUGUCUAGGUACACAGUGACUUCCAUGUUUGUAUAUGCCGGACUGUCUAGGUACACAGUGACUUCCAUGUUUGUAUAUGCCGGACUGUCUAGGUACACAGUGACUUCCAUGUUUGUAUAUGCCGGACUGUCUAGGUACACAGUGACUUCCAUGUUUGUAUAUGCCUGACUGUCUAGGUACACAGUGACUUCCAUGUUUGUAUAUGCCUGACUGUCUAGGUACACAGUGACUUCCAUGUUUGUAUAUGCCUGACUGUCUAGGUACACAGUGACUUCCAUGUUUGUAUAUGCCUGACUGUCUAGGUACACAAUGACGGCCCAUGUUUGUAUAUGCCUGACUGUCUAGGUACACAGUGACGGCCCAUGUUUGUAUAUGCCCGACUGUCUAGGUACACAGUGACGGCCCAUGUUUGUAUAUGCCUGACUGUCUAGGUACACAGUGACGGCCCAUGUUUGUAUAUGCCUGACUGUCUAGGUUCAAAGACUUAUGUUUCGAGUAUUCAUUGUGAGUUGAGCUGAUCCUAAAGUAGCAAUAGACGACCAUUAGUGGAGUUUUACUAUUAUAAAACCCUUUUUAAACUUCAAAUUUUAACAAUAUGUAUAUACUGUACUUUUAAAAUGUGUAGAGAUGUUUUUUUUAAAAUAUAUUUAUUGAGCCAGUAGUUCUGAAAGUAGCGCUCAUGAGACAAAACUGGUCCUCGAAAAUUGCGUACUACGACACGUGCAGGUAUGUGCAUCACAUCUUAGCUUUCUCUGCUCUGCUUUGUGUGUAUCUUGCUAGCUGUCACUCAAACGGCAAGGGGCUGAAGCUCAUUGGCUUGAACUUGAAUUGCUAGGGGGCUGACCCAUGUGGGGGAAAAUUUAGGGAAAAUGGCACCUCUCACCUUCCAGCUUUCAAACUAGAGAUUCCGUGGCUAAUUUGAGGUUAGACAGUAAUUAUUCUCAUAGAUUCUGCAUGUAUGAUUUACAUGUUGACACAUCCAGCCCAAAGCGGGAGGUUUAUAAAAUACUUACUAGUCGCCAAAGUUCUUGAGCAUGUCUUUGAAUUGAAUAAUAAUCUGCGUUAACUCAUUAUAUAUCACCAGUAGCCCAGCCAUGUGCUAGAAAUAUUUGUAAACAAUUUAAACAAGUGUAAUAUAUUGCAGAUUAUGGAUUUUAAAAAAAGAUUGUUGUUUAGUCAGUGUCAUUGUUUAGUCAAUGAGUCUUUACUGAAAAGGAUAAGAGUAAAUGGCAACAAUAAUUAUUUUUCCUAAAAAGUCUUAAAUCCAACUUUAUACAUUUUGUGAGUACAGUGAAGUGUGAUUUGAGUGAGCUGCCAGUGAUUUGGAAAGCUGUACCAUACAAGUUAUUCUACUUAAAGACCCCUGCUACCUGUUUUUUAUUUGACUGCAUGUUUUUUAAACACUUAUGUACGUCUCUCUUAUUUUAUUAUACAAAAAAAAAGGUUUUUAUAUGGGGAACUGAUUUGUCGACGACUUCUUGUCUUGCUCAGUGUUCAGGCUGUUGAAGGAUGAUUGGUUACACUGUCUUGACCCUCGUUUCCAAGCAUGUUUAUUUGUUCUGUACAGUUUGCACUGCCAUGCCAGUUCUCCGCAAAACUUUAGGAACAAUAUUGAAGUAAAAAACAGAUGUAAUUAUGAACUGAAUAAAUCUCUCUUGUAUAUU